AUGAAGCUGGUAAACAGCAGGCAAAAGUUUGAAGAACCUGAAGAACCGGAAGAACCAGAAGCGCCAGAAAUUCCGGAGAAACCGAGGGAGAAAUUGGAUAUUCGCACGCAUUGGUUCGCCCCAGGUGGUCAACCGGAGUUCCCUAAAUUGGUCUAUUCACUAAAUUACGGCUGGAAAGAGGUUUACGAUGAGGAAGAGUUCCGCGAGCUGAAAAUCACCUACACGGCUCCAUGGGGAUUGCCCGGAUUACGGUGGAUUGAGGUUCCCUACACUUCAACAAAGCCGGAAAGUCGAACAAAAGUGGCAAUUCCGAGCGCUUUCGUGCCAUUGAAUGAUGAGAAAAAAGACGAGAAAAUGGUGGCCGUCAAAAAAGUUCACCUUCGAGUUUUCGCUGCAGAAAAUGAUGGAGAAUUUGUGAAUAUUCCGAAAAAUACACCUGAAGCUGAAAAUGAGAAAGCCGAAGUGGUUGAAGAGCCGAAAAAUGAAGAUGUUCAAGAUGGAGAAAAGGGAAAUGCGGAAGGGAAAGAAAAACAAGAGUUCAUCUUCAAAAACGCGACCACGACGUUGAAAAUGGAGGAAGUGACUCCGAAAACGCUUGAAGAUGAUAAAGAACAAAAUCCACAAAAAGAUGAAAAAGAAUCCACCUCAAAAGCCACGACAUUUCUCGGAGAAUUGAUGGGCUCAAGGACAGACACUUGUCCUCCGAUUACGGUUCGAGGGGAAGAAAGCGAGCCAUUGUACUGGAUCGUUCGCGCUCAUCCGUGCAAUGAGAAUCCGCUUGAAUUAGCAAAAAUUUUCACCACCGAUGACGGGAAAUCUUUCGCCUACUAUGGCCGUCCCGAGCUCGUCUCGUUGAAGAAAAAGAAACCUCUA